AUGGUAUUAAAGAAAUUAACAAAUGAAAAAGAUUUAAAAUUAUGUGUGGUUAUGGUUGGUUUACCAGCUCGUGGGAAAUCCUUUAUUUCACAAAAGAUAGUUAGAUAUUUAUCAUGGUUAUCAAUUAAUUGUAAAUGCUUUAAUGUUGGAAAUUAUAGAAGGGUAUUAGGUAUUGAUAACCCUAAAUAUGGAUUUUUCGAUUUUGAUAAUUUAUCAUCUUAUGAUAUUAGGGAAAACGCAUUAAAAUUAGCAUUUGAAGAUAUGUUAUCAUGGUUUGAUGAUGCUAUUGAUAAUAAAGUUGCGAUAAUUGAUGCUACUAAUAGUACAAGAGAAAGAAGAAAUUGGAUUAUUAAAAAUUGUGAAAAAAAUAAUGUUCAUCCAAUGUUUUUAGAAAGUUGGUGUGAUGAUCCUGAGACUAUUAUGGCUAAUGUUAAAGAUAUUGCGAUAACAUCUCCAGAUUAUGAUGGGAUGGAUGAAAAAUCAGCUGAAGAUGAUUUUAUGAAAAGAAUUGAAAAUUAUCAAAAUGUUUACUCUACUUUAAAUACAACAGAUGAUAAAGAUAUUACUUUUGUUAAAUUAAUUAAUAUAUCUCAUGAAAUUAUUAUUAAUAAGAUUCAAACAUACUUACAAAGUAGAAUAGUAUUUUAUGUGAUGAAUAUUAGAAUUAAACCAAAAUGUAUAUGGUUAUCAAGACAUGGUGAAUCUAUUUAUAACGUCGAACAAAAGAUAGGUGGUGAUUCUUCAUUAUCAGAGAGAGGCUUAAAAUAUGCUUCGAAAUUGAAAAGUUUAAUUAAAGAAAAUGUUAAAAAUAAUGAACAAGAUUUAUCUGUAUGGACUUCCACUUUAACUAGAACCAAAGAGACAGCCCAAUAUUUACCAUAUUCAAAAUUGGAAUGGAAAGCAUUAGAUGAAUUAGAUGCUGGUGUUUGUGAUGGUAUGACAUAUGAAGAAAUUGAAGAAAUUUAUCCAGAAGAUUUUAAAGCUCGUGAUGAGGAUAAAUAUGAAUACAGAUACCGUGGUGGUGAAUCAUAUAGAGAUGUUGUUAUUAGGUUAGAACCAGUAAUUAUGGAAUUAGAAAGACAAGAAAAUGUAUUAAUUAUUACACAUCAAGCUGUCUUAAGAUGUAUCUAUGCUUAUUUUAUGAAUGUACCAAAGGAAGAAUCUCCAUGGGUAUCAAUUCCAUUGCAUACAUUAAUUAAAUUAGAACCAAGAGCAUAUGGUACAAAAGUGACUAGAAUUAAAGCGAAUAUUCCUGCUGUAAGUACUUAUAAAGAAAAAGGUACGAGUCACGUUGGUGAAAGCUCAUCUGCUAAAGGGUCUCAUAAUCUUUUAGUUAACGCUCCUGAGAUCAAUUAA